AUGCGAUCUGGUAGCCCUGUUUGCCGUGCCACCGAGGCGGGCGAGCGAGCGAGUAAAUCCAGCCAGUACGCAGCACGCGCCCCACGCGAGCGGCUGUGUUACGUGUCGGCUUUGCGCGUCGCCUACGCGGCGUCGACGAUCACGCACGAAAACUUGCCAAUGAGUUUUUUCGUUCGUCUCAGAUUCGUCGAGAGUCGAACUGUAGUGUUUAAAGACCCAACGACAUCCGCGGACGUGUCCCCGAGCCGCCGGGAAAAGUUUCCUGUACAGGCGAGUCCUUCAGUUCGCCGACGGGAACUUGGCAGUCAAAAGUUCGCGAAAGUUGAACGCGAGCGUCACUCGCGAAGUUUCGGAUACUUUACUUCGCUCGGGGAGGACCCG